AUGGAACACGAGGAUAACGCGCAUUUCGAUUUGUUGCAAAACCGUCUCGCGGAGAGUCUGCAAAAUGCUGGCAGCACCGGCAAUGCUGCAGACGUUGUUGCUGAGCUGGUGCCCAGCAUUGGCCCCAAGUCUGGUGAGCACGAUGACGACGACGAAUUGAAGUACAUAAAAGAAGUGCAGCAGAGCGAAAAGCAACAACAGCAACACCAAUUCUACGGCGAAAACAAUGGCAACGGCAUCGGCAGCACCGUUGGCAGCAGUGGCGACGCGUACAUGUCGCUCGGCAUGGACUUGAGCCUGGGCAAUGGCGUUGGCAGCGCUGCCGGCUUUAGGGGAGUAGCUGCUGUUGAAGAAGAAGACGACGUCGAAGUGAUUAAGCACGAUGGCGACUUUUCAAGCAACUCCAAUACGACCACAACCUCAACCACGGGUGAAGUGGAGGCACAGCCUAAGGAGACGCCGUUGCCAAAACCAGAGCAACUGCGCCAAGAUGACGAUAUUGAUGUGGAUGUGGAUGAGGAGGAUGAGCCCAGCUCAGUGGCAACCACCUAUGGCACCAGCAGCCUCAGUGAACAACAACAGGACCCAGAACAAUUAGUUAGCGAUGUCCAAUCAGAUCGGUUUGAUAACAAGGAGAAUGUCCAUCCCACGGGCCAAGAUCAGGCCGAAAUAGAUCUCGAUCUGGAAGCGCAUUCGCAGCUAAAUCCCAAUGCAGUUGAAUUUGUACCAUACUUUGGCUCACAAACUGCUUCACCACCACCCAAUGAGCCGCUUCAGUCGCUGGGACGGCAACUGUUGGUAGCUAAUGAUGAUCUAGUCGCGGAGAGCCCACGCAAGGGCGCACGCGAUUGCAACAUGGACACCAUUGCUCUUCCAGACGAAUGUGAGUUCGACAAUGGGGCCGAUAAGCGUCCACACGAGCUGGAGCAGGAGGAUGACACGUUCCCCGCCGAAGCCGAGCUCGCGACUGAACAGCUUCAGAAUGGAAGUGAGAUCUAUCAGCAGGUAGAGCAGCGCAUCGAUCAUGGACCAGAGACUAGUGUUGACUUGGAUGCCGAUUUGGAGCUGGAGGAGCCACAGACAGAAACAGAUUUUGUGACUCCCCAGCUACAGGACGAUAUCAUGAAACAGUCUAUUUAUGGCGAAUCCAACUCGAAUGCUUCCAUCGAGGACAUUCUUAAUUCAGUGCAGACGCUGCCGCAGCAAACACUCAGCGAUGAGCCGCUCAAGGAGAAGGAGCUGAUGAAUGUGGAAGAGAAGGAGCUUGUUUCCCAAUCUCCAUCCACUGAGGAGCUCAAUCAGCAUCAAAAUCAACUAAUUGAUCCAAUGCAGGCCUCAUUCUAUCUCGAGCACACCUCCAGUGAUGCAUUCGCUCAACUGGCUCCCGAUCAGGAUCAGAGUUUGUUGCUGGAUACUAGUGCGCCAUUGUUCAGUCCACUAGCAGACGAACCAGCAGUAACAGCCACAACACUUGAGCUCCAGCCUGAACAGGCAGAUAUUGUGGACUUAACUCCAUCCCCGCUGUCCUCUUCCACCGAAGAGAAGCAUCUUGUUGAGGAAACAAAGGAGCAACAGCAGAAACAAGAGCAAUUCGAACCUUUCGCGCUGUCGGACAACGUAGAGAACAAUUUGAAUGCCGGUGCUCCGUCUCAGGUGGAGUAUGCUGAAUUCAAUACAGCUACCGGCUAUGGAGUCCACAGUGAGGAGGAAGCAGCCCCUGCUCGAAAUCCAUUUGCCUUAGAUGAGGUAAUGGAGGUGGAGCAGAAUCCUAAGGAGGAGCGGCAGCAACACUUGCAGGACUCGCAGCUGGUCUUCCAGGAGGAGCCGCAGCAGCAAGAAGACUUUAUGGCUCACCAGGACCAACAUUUCCAGGAGGAGCUGCAACAAGUGGAUGAACCAGCUAUUAAACAGGAGACCCAAGCAAACUACAACGAACUCCAACUGCAGGAUGAACUCAUCGAGGAGGUGUCAUUUUCGCAUCAGCUCAAUGCCGAAGCCGCACCCUAUACAAAUGGCCUAGCCAGCGUUGAGACACCAGAGCCAACACCCGAAGCAAGCAACGAGGAGCAGUUAAAACCGGUGGCUGAACAAGAUCCAAUUGUGGAGCAGCCAAUUCUAGCAGCUCCAGCUGUGGAGCAACCUGUCGAGCCCUUGCAACAGGAGACACCCGCCGUGCUCAUCAGCGAGCCCAGCGAGCCAGCAGCUGUUGAGCAGCCACUCGAGGUGGCGCCAGUAGCUGCUGAUGAGCCAGCCGAGGUGACACCAGUGGCUGAUGUAGCCGUUGCUGCAGUAGCUGCUACAGCCGCUGCAGCUGCGGUCGGCGCUACCGUCGCAGCUGCCACUGCUGCCGCGAAGCCCAAGAUCAAGGCUAGCCCCAGUGAUUCACUCAAGAAGGCGGCCAGCAAGACUGCAGCACCUACAGCAACGAGCGCAGCAGCCAAGAGGCCGUCGCCGGCUCCUAUAACAAAGAGGACCACAUUGGGCGCCACAGCUGCACGCCCACGCACAGCACCGGCUACCGGCGCUGUCAAAGCCAGUGCUUCCACAACAACAAGCACGUCAGCAACAACCAAGACGAGCAGCACAACCGCGCGUAAGCCGCUUACCGCCAGCAACACGGCUGGCAAGCCGGCUCCGCGCACCACUAACAGCACAUUGAGCAGCGCACGCCCGGCCACGGCUCCCAGCAGCAAGACGGCUGGCAGCCUGAGCAAGACCGCCGCCAAGCCGGCAACAACAGCCGCAGCACGCUCCACUACUAGCACUACGACCACAACUACAGCCCGCAAGUUAGCAAGCUCUACCACAUGCAGCAAUGCAUCAGCAACAGCCACCAAGUCGCGUCUGCAGGUGGCGGCUAGCAAGCCGGCCACAACUUCCAGCAGUCUUGGCGCCACAUCCGCUGCCAAGGGGAAGGCCCUGUCACCGCGCAGCACUGUGUCCUCGGCACUGCGUAAGCCGCCGAGCACCACUGGCAGUUUGUGUGGUACGCGCAGUCCCACUAAGCCGCUGUCCAAUGGCGUGGCCAAGCCGAGCAGCAGCACCACCACUAGCACCAGUACCACCCGCAUCAAAUCGGCCACUGCCAACGGCGGCUCUGCCAGCAGCACAACAACAACAACUACCAUUACUAAGACUUUCACGGCGCGUCCGGCGCCCAAAUUCACACACUCGGCGCCAGCUGUGGGUGCCAGCAGCACGCGUCGCCCCCAGCUGUCCGUUGGCAGCGGCUCAGCUGCUACACAGCGCAAGUCGUCUCCGUUGAAGAAUACUUCCAGCUCGCCGCUGAAACCGAAAGCCAAAGAAAUCGCUAAAACGUCACCAGCUGCCGGCAUGAAAAUCAAGCGGCCAACGGGCACCACACCAGCAAAGGCAGCAGCGGAAACCAAACUGGAGCAGAAUGGCAAUGGCUUGCACGAUGCACUCGAGACGGCGCAGGAGGCACUAGGAACCCACGUAGAGCCGCAGCAGACGAACCCAGAGGUGGCACUGCUCGAUUUCUAG